UAAAUGGAGCGGUGAGGACAAGUUCGUCUGACCGCAAAUAUAUACCGAUUUUGGGAUGCCUGGUUUCAGCUCGACCGGAGAUCAAGAGCCGCUUCUGACGGCAAAACGUCAGUUGGCCAACGAGUCGGAUUCGGAAGAAGGUGAAACUUUAUUUGAGAGGAGAACAACAUUCGUCCCCCGCGAUGCCAAUGAGGACAUGCAAACCAGAUUGACAUAUGAGGAGGCAGUCGAGGCAGCAGGCUUUGGCUGGUUCCACUGGCUCCUGCUGCUGGUUUGCGGUUGGGCCAAUGCCAGCGACGCCGUGGAGAUCGUCUGCGUGUCCUUCCUGCUGCCCACCGCCCGCUGCGACCUCCAGCUCAGCUCCUCCGACAUGGGCCUCCUCACUGCCUCCAUUUUCCUCGGCAUGAUGGUGGGCGGCUACGUGUGGGGAUAUUUGGCCGACCAGAGGGGGCGCCGCAGCGUCUUGGUGGUCUCCCUGUCUGUCAACGGCCUGUUUGGCGGCCUGUCCAGCGUGGCGCCGUGGUUCUGGCUCUUCCUGCUGCUCAGGUUCAUAAGUGGCGUGGGGGUGGGCGGGUCCAUUCCUGUCGUCUUCUCCUACUUCGCAGAGUUUAUGCCUCGACUGAAGCGAGGUAGGAUGAUCAGCGCUCUGGCCACCUUCUGGAUGGCGGGGAACAUUCUGGCCGCAGGCCUGGCCUGGCUGGUGAUCCCCAGAACCUGGAUGCACUUUUCCAUUGGGCGACUUAACUUCCAGAGCUGGCGACUGUUUGUGGUGCUCUGCUCCGUCCCAAGCGUGACAUCAGCAAUCAUCUUCAAGCUCUUCAUGCCCGAAAGUCCCAAGUUCCUCAUGGAGGUUGGCCGGGAAACGGAGGCCAUCCACGUCUUCCGCCACAUGUUCCAACUGAACACGCGUGGGAAAGGAGCAUCUUGGCCUGAGUUUUCACUGCACGUGAACGCCAAGCAAAGAGCGUAUGAGAACAACACGCCGCGGCCGUGCGGACAACUCGGCGCUCUACUGCAAAAGGCUGCGAUGCCGGUCCGCCGGAUGUUUGCCGCCAACCUCAAAUCCAGAAGCACCGUGUUGCUCAUCAUCUUCUACUGCAUCUCUUUCGGCUACUACGGGCUGUGGAUGUGGUUCCCCGAGCUGUUUUCCAGAUUGGAGGCCGGCAGCUCCCCGUGCACCAACACGUCCGCUCCGGCUCAGCAGCCCAACCGUAGCUGCUACCCCGUCAAGACCGUCGUCUACGAGGAGGGCUUCUUGAUCGCCGCCGCCAACCUACCCGGCAACAUCUUCACCAUCCUGGCGAUGGACUACAUCGGAGGGAAGCUGCUCCUCUCGCUCAGCCUGCUGGUGUCCAGCCUGAGCGUGUUCCUCAUCUACCUGGUGCAGACCAAAAGCCAAAGUCUGCUGUUGUCCUGCUUGUUCAGCGGCGUGUCCGUCAUGGCCUGGAACGCUUUGGACGUGGUGGCUACGGAGCUUUACCCAACACAGCUACGUUCAUCGGCGCUUGGCUUCUUCACGGGGGCGGGCCGAGUGGCGGCCAUUAUGGGGAACGUGGUCUUUGGGAAUAUGCUGGAUUCGGCCUGCGCCGUGCCCAUCCUGCUGGUCUCGGCCAUGCUGCUGACUGGCGGCCUGACGGCUUUCUUCCUCCCGCGCACCAAACAGAUGGAGCUUACCUGACUUUUUUUACCUUGGUGUGUACGGGCAAGUUAAGAUCAUGGGAAAUAAUUCCCCAAAAACUUUUUGAUGUUCAUAUUUGACAGUGCUCAAUAAUCAUUGCACAUUUUUGUUCCUAUUUUUUAAUUAUUUAUAUAUUGUUUGUGUGUCUAUUUUCUAUGUACGCUGGAAAAUAAAACAUCUGCAUUUUUGUAA